AUGGAUACCUUUGAAGAUAUGGCAAACUUGGCAGAGGGUUUUCAAGUCAAAACCACGAUCAAAUCCACAGGCGAACCUAGACAUUUUGGUGAAAAAUAUGGACCACAUUGGGAAAAGAAGACCAAGCAAUUGCCAACUUCAAACGCCUUUGCGAGGAAGACUCUUCGCUUCCCUUGCCACCAUCUUCCACCCUUCGCUUGUCAAGAGAGUUCAAACCACACCACAAUCACUUCUUGCAAGUUUGACAAUCAUUAUUUUGAGAAAAAUGGCGCGAUGAAGGCCAUGAUUUUCAUUGGUUUCAUUUAUCAGGACCUCGACGAGUUCAUUAUUCAAGACUCUGACUGCAAGUUUCCCCACAAGCUUGAUCUGCCAGAGAAUCGAGAGUUGUGGACAAAAUGGAUUCUUUGGAUAUUCAAAGUUCAGAGCGCCCACGAAGAAUACGCAUUCAUGAGAGCAGGCUCUGCAUUCAAAGUUUCCAAAGUUGUAAUCCGUCCUGGUGUCAAAAUUGCAAGACCAUUUGAGGACUGCAGUGAAGGUCAGAAGUACGCCCAGAGUAUGGUUCGGGCGGUCAAAAAAAGCAAGCACUACAUUAAGUACAUCUAUAUUGACCCCCCGCAAUAG